CGCACAGUUUGUGCGUUCAAGGUCAGAACAAGGUUGUUGUGAAGUCUUGAUAACUACGAUGAAGGUUAUUGGCAGGGAGCUGAAUAAAAACUCAUCUGGAUAUAUUACGCUUAUUGCAGAAAAUGAGGAGGACAUGUGGUUAACGUACAACUUAGUCCAGGUUGGAGAUAAAAUGAGAUGUUCUACGGUCAGAAAGGUCCAGAAUGAAUCUGCAACCGGUAGUGUGCAGACGAAGCAAGUGAGCAUCAAGGGUGUUCCUCAUCAUUGUUCAUCGAAUUUCGACUCAUUAUAUUAAUCAGGUUUUUUAACGGUGUGUAAACCUACGAGUGACAGGUAUUGAGGAAUAUUAUUGGAUUGAGGUUGAUAUGCUUGACUGGGAGCUUAAACAAUGAAGUUGUCGUGAAACCUUGUUUUUCCUUUGGCUCAGCUAACACUAGGUGUUCAAUUCCUUCUUCAUAGUUUUUAGUAACAAUUUUCACAGCAAAAUCUUGAAAUAAAUGACGUAUACGGUUUUGUUUUCAGACCAACGGAAGUCUUUGAAAUGGUUAGAACAUUGCGAAGUAAAUUUGUUUGACGUAAUUUCCAAAAUGUAUGGUGCUUAACAACGAAUAAAUUAUUAGGAUGGAAACGGCGUUUCGGCGUUGUAUGACAAAAAGUGUUACUAUUUGAACUUAUCGGAAUAGUCAAUUAACUGAUGACAGAAUAUUUCAGAAGAUUCUGAAUUAUCCGUGUUAAAACCCUCGUCCCGCUUUACACAUCGAUCAGGGCUUCGCUUUCAUUGCCGAGUUUAUGACGGCCAAUAAAUACAUAAUAUUCGUUGGUCCUAGAUAUUUGAUCAUUGUUAUUUUUAAGACAUUGCUUUCAUAAAGUGGGACCACUUAGUAAUCAUUAAUAAUGUAGUGGUUAGUAAACUUGGUAAAUACGGGUAGAAUACUCGAAUCUCAUGGAAUUAGUUGACAGUUCGUUCCAAAAAGUGUAAGGUUUACAUUUUGCAACCAAAAUGCUCAUUCGCUCUAUAAAACUAACAAAACGUCUUGCGUUCACAUCCUAAGCGUAUCUCCUGAUUGCGUUAGGUCAUUUUGAUGUUUGUCUUUUAUCGCCUACAUUAUAUUGGCAAUUUAUAUUGAAAGUAUUUUUUCUUAAAUAGGGUUCAGUACUUCACUUAAAAGGUCGCAAUGUGGUAGAAAAUCAGUUUGUCAAAAUGGGCGCCUACCACACAUUAGACCUUAGAAUCGAUGAAAAGUUUACUAUCACUAAAACAGAAUGGGAUAGUGUUGCAAUUAUGCUUGUCGAACAGGCAUCUGACCCAACACAACAAGCUGAUCUUGCUGCAGUUAUCAUGCACGAAGGCCUGGCUUAUGUUUGUUUGAUAACAAGUACAACAACUAUUGUUCGUGCGAAGAUUGAUACUACAAUUCCACGCAAACGUCCAGGUUUACCUACUGCUCAGCACGAAAAGGGUCUGUCACGCUUUUUUGAACAAAUAAUGCAAGCACUAGAGCGUCACAUUCGUUUCGACAUCGUCAAGUGUAUCAUAUUAGCCAGUCCUGGAUUUCUACGUGAACAAUUUUUUGAAUUUAUGAUCCAGACAGCAACAAGGCAAGAGAAACGUGUAUUCUUAGAAAAUAAAUCAAAAUUUAUGCUUGUUCAUUCUUCAUCCGGUCAUAAACAUGCAUUGAAAGAAGUACUCACAGAUAGUGUUGUUAUGAGUAAACUAGUUAAUACAAAAGCAACAUCUGAAGUUACGGCAUUAAAUGACUUUUAUCAAAUGCUUAAAACAGAUCAAUCACGUGCAUUCUAUGGUUACAAACAUGUUAAGACGGCUGCUGAUGCAUGCGCUAUUGAUACACUACUGAUAACUGAUGCAUUAUUCCGUUCACGUAAUUUAGAAGAAAGAAAACAAUAUGUGGAGUUAGUUGACCAAGUUAAAGAUAAUCAAGGCAUUGUACGCAUAUUUUCAAGCCUACAUGUUUCUGGUGAACAGCUUAACCAACUAUCAGGUGUAGCCGCAAUAUUGCGCUUCCCAAUACCUGAACCUGUGACAGAUGACGAGUCGAAUAGUUCCGAAGAUGACGAUAAUUAACUAAUUAGUUCUUCUACUUUGUACUCAAUGAAUUUUUUUCCAUAAGUAAACAUGUAUAUUGUGGUUUGUGUCUUUCUAUCGAUAUUAUUAUUCUGAUUUUCAUUUUCACUUGCCUCCUUUUUGACGUCCCCAUUCUUUGAGUUCGUUGUUAGUAUUAUUAUUUAUCUUCUUCACUCUUUAAUUGUCCUUUGUGCUGCUUUUACAUUGUUGCUGUGCUUAUAUAAUACCGUGCAGCUUAAAAUCAGUAUCCAUUUGUGCCAAAUCCCAAGUUCUGUACUUUCAUUUGUCUCUCCUGUACAAAAUUAUAUUGAAGUGUUCUGUUUUUUGGUAUUACUUAAAUUUAAAAAUGAUUUCGUAUUAUAUCUUCGGGGAUAAUCUUGACAUACGCAGAUGAAUUCGCUAGUCGGACUUACCAUUCCGGAUAGGAAGAAAUAAAAUUAUGAAAUUUACGUCCUAACCUCUUCUGAAUGACAGUAGUUCCCCUUGUUUGAAAAUAACCCAGGUCUUCCAAGUAUUAUUGUGCCA